GUCAGGCUAUAUGAUGUUUCUGCUGUCGCUUCCAUUUCAUCAGCAAAAAAACAUCCAAACAUUUAUCCAUCUUUCAAGCGUGGAUGUAAAAAUGACAGGCGUAAAUCUUUGACUUUACGCGACUUUGAUGCAGGCAGGGAUCAUUUCAACAACACGCCGAUUGAUCUUUAGCAACAUCCAAACAAAAUAGACCGCCUACACGCGCAGUUUGGUUUGCACCUGUUUGUUUUGUUUUAUGUAGAGACGAAUGUUUUGUUUAUUAUUCGGCAUGUGUGAAUAGUUUAUGUCCUUCAUUUCAUCCAGCGGUUUCUAAAGAGUCUUUAAUCCUUUAAAGAUUAUGGAAUCUGCCGUUUGGUAGCUUUGAACCGACCAAACAAAAAACACCUGAGUUAACAUGGAGGCAAUUUGGCUUUACCAAUUUCGACUGAUUGUUAUUGGGGACUCCACUGUUGGAAAAUCGUGUUUAAUUAGACGAUUUACAGAAGGCCGCUUCGCACAGGUGUCAGACCCGACGGUAGGGGUGGAUUUUUUCUCCCGCCUGGUGGAGAUCGAACCUGGAAAACGCAUUAAACUGCAGAUUUGGGACACUGCAGGACAGGAACGCUUCAGGUCUAUUACCAGAGCCUAUUAUCGUAACUCAGUGGGAGGUCUGUUGCUCUUCGACAUAACCAACCGUCGCUCCUUCCAGAACGUUCACGAGUGGCUAGAGGAGGCACGCAGCCACGUGCAGCCCCACAGCAUUGUCUUCUUGCUGGUCGGUCACAAAUGUGAUCUGGAGCCACAGCGUCAGGUCAGCCGGCAAGAGGCCGAGAAGCUAGCAGCUGCGUACGGCAUGCGCUACGUGGAGACUUCAGCACGCGACGCCAUAAACGUCGAGAGGGCUUUUACAGAGCUAACACGGGAUAUAUUUGAGCUGGUGAAGAGUGGGGAGAUUACCAUCCAGGAGGGUUGGGAGGGAGUGAAGAGUGGAUUUGUACCAAACGUGGUGCAUUCAUCUGAAGAAGUGACAAAGGGCGAUCGUCGGUGUUUCUGUUGAGACUGUAAUCACCACCCUGGUACCUAUCAAACAUUUGGGCCCUGGUGGACAAAAGAAACGCCUCCUCCAAUCACAGGGUCAGUCUUCAACUCACUGAUUAUGACAUCACCCCUUUCCUGCCUGCUGAUUGCCUAAACGAGUCCCACUAUACCACAUUGCUUCACUUUUCUAUACUACUUUGCUAAUUUUCCCUAAUCACACAAUCUUGUAUAUGGCCAACUUGAACUGAUAAGAAUGGAAGCUUAGUUAAAAAAUAAAAAAUACUUUUGCAGAACUCCUGCUGAAAAGCCAUUCUAAACUAUAUCUGCACAGCUGUAAUUCUUUCUAUUGAGCCACAAAAGUUUGACUUCCCAAAUAAAGAUGUUCUGGCUUUGGACGUCUCCAAUAUCGAGAAUAAGCUUGUUCCAAGUAUCUU